UGUAGUAAAACGUAUAUCAUCAAGACGAGGAAUCCGAUUUUCCGUGAAUCAGAGGAAUUCAGCAGCAGUGAGUCAGUGAGUGGUCUCAACAGCAGCUGCAUGUUUAUCCACCAGAUUUCCAGAUACCUGUAGCUGCAGGUCCUCAGCGUCACAGCCAUUCCACCCUGUUUCUGUCUGGAGGCAACUCCUCUCACUGAUCUGAGGACACUAACGGAGAUGUUAAAAUGCCCAAGCUUCUGUUUUCAAAGGCUCGCUUAUAUGAAAUCCGGGAUCUGAUGCAAAACGUCAAGAGACCCAGAAGGAUUGAUAUUGUGCUUAAUAGAAGGAGGCGUAAGAAGGAUGUCCAGGACCUGAUGGUGCAAAAAAUAAGCGAUGAGCCAUCUUCUUUGAAACUCAGUUGUCCGACAGAGAAUAAACUCCACCUCACUCUGGAGAAACUGUUAAGGGAUAAAAAGUAUUUAGCAGCGUUCCAAACUUUCCUGGAGUCGGAGUUCAGUGAGGAGAACAUCAAGUUCUGGCUGGCGUGUGAGGACUUCAGGUCGACCGCCUCAUUGGAUGAUCUCCGCUGGAAAGCAGAGGAGAUCUACACAGAGUUCAUCCAGCCGAUGGCCUGCAGAGAGAUCAACGUUGACCACUACAUUAGGGAGAAUAUCAAAACGUCCUUGGAGAACCCGAGCAUCUCCUGCUUCGACGAGGCCCAGAAACACGUUUACCUGCUGAUGGAGAGAGACUCCUGCCCCAGAUUCCUGAACUCUGACGCCUACCUGAGCCUAACGCGCAAAUCCAGAACUAUGUGGUACAUUUAGCUGAGAGAGAACGCUGUUGUUUUUUUAACUGAAAAGUUCUUUCACAAUGUUUGAGACGAUCAUGAACGUUUUCUUUCAAAGGCAGAGCAUUUCUAACAAGCUCUACAACCCGGGGUCAUCGACGUCCAUGUCCUUUUGCAGACGGCUAGAUAAUAAUAAACGUUAUGAAUGCGGAACCUUUCAAAACCCAAUAACAGACGUGUUUUACGAGACACAAAUGAUAAAAAGACAAUUUGGAGAAACACAGACACAAUUUGAAGAUCGCCAAACUGCUACAGCUGAGAAAAGAGUAGAAUUAAAUUAGAAGCCACAGUCUCCACAGUCCCCAGGGAGGUCACGUCCAGGUGAAAAAGACAUGUGAAGAUUUUCAUCAUGGAAAAACAACGAGAUACUAAAGCGUUUAGGGACACCGGUGUUGAUUUGCUGUAAACAAAAACACAAGGCUCCACCCCUCACUCAAAUCUUCUGUACAUUUCCGUGUUGUUGUAACCGCGUCCGACCCGCAUCAUAUCCCACUGGGACCUUGGUGGGUGGAAAACAAAUUUCCUGGAAAUUUACCAGAGUUCAUGACGAUGAUGGAGCACUCCCCUAAAUUUGCAUUUCCCAAAAAAUGACCCUUCUUACAGGAAAGUGACAAAAAGUUGGAUCUGUGUCAAACGUUUGGCUUUAAAUAAAAUAGUCAGUUCAGAAGCAGGAUAAAUAAGUUACGAUAAAACGUUUUAAGAAAGUGAAUUUCAGCUCAAAGUCCUGAGGAAAGAGCAUUUUAUAUGUUAUUGAUGAUCAGUAUUAAUGAAAUGUGGGCAUUAAUAAAGUAAUGAUAUACAACUACGAGGAAUAAAAAGCAAUGUGAGCAGAAAGAAGUAUUUGUACGUAGAGGAGAGAGAAAGAUGUUGGUAUGUGUGAGCAGAUGAUUUUGAAGGAUUAAUCGUUAUUUGAUAAAACUUGUUUGUUAACCGAAAGUCUGACUGAAAGAACCAUAAAUGAUGAGGAAUGGUAAAUGAGUGGUUUCUGAUCAAUCAAUCAAUCACAUUUUAUUUGUAUAGCCCAUAUUUACAAAUCAAUAUUUCUGUCAUAGGGCUCAACAGUGUGCAAAACUCUCUAUAAAAAAAAAUAAAACAACUUUUUUACCAAAUUGUCCGGAUCCUCA